UGGAGCAGCAGGCAUUCCACUAGUUCUUUAUCAUCAACCUCAGAUGCUCUGAUGUAAAUAUAGGCUAUGUUUACUCAACUGAACUGUAGUAGAGGUGGAUUAUUCUCUGAUCAGGUAAGACAAAAAUAAAAUCAACAGGCUACGUUUGAACGGAUUCAGCUUUGUUGGUUAAUUUUAAUGGACAACAUAAUUGUCACAGAUUUUAGGUAUGCUAUAUUUUGGCUUAUGAAAUGAAUGGAAAUAAUAACAGAAAUCAACUGAAAAAAGAAUUUAGACUAUUAUUAUUCAUAUUAUUAAUAUUAAUGAUAACCAUGUUUGUAAUUAUAAAGUUAUUUAAUGUUUUUGCAUUCAUUCUCAAUCCUCAACAAGUCCUCAUGAAAGAUUUCAUAAUGACUAGCAGCUGUGUUUGCCUGAUAUUAAAAUGAUGUGACAUAAUGUACCAAUCUGCUUUAUUUGCUGUUGCUGGUUUUAGACUAAAAUAAACAAUACGACAGUUUACAUAUUUCACCACACUCUUUGUCUACAGAGUGGAAUCACAAGGUUCACACAGCCAAGAUGAAGGCAAAAGUGAGGAUGUUUGUUGUCCUGCUGUGUGUGACUGGCAUCUGGGUGUUGAGAGGACAUGUUUCAAGAGGGUUUUCAGAACACCUCAACCAGCUCCAGGACACAAACCCCUGUGCUUGUGACAAAUGCUUAUCAGAAGAUGAUCUGUGGUCUAUGCCGCGUUUCCACACAUCUGUUGAACCAUUUUUGUCAGCGCAAUACAAUCUCUCAGAGGAUGCUUUCAACUGGUGGAAGCGCUUACAGGUUGAAAGCCGCAACUUUAGUACCUAUAAAAAAACAGUGGACAGGCUGUUUGAGAUGUUCCCAUCCAGUCCAGAUGUCAUAAAACCCAGCCCUGACCUCUGCAGGAGUUGCGCUGUGGUGGGGAAUUCUGGUCAUUUGAAGCGAUCACGAUAUGGACCUCUCAUAGAUUUACAUGAUGUCAUCAUAAGAAUUAACCAUGGUCCUACCAAAGGCUUUGAAGCAGAUGUCGGGACCAGAACAACUCAUCAUGUCAUGUAUCCAGAGAGUGCCGUGGACUUGGAUAACAACACUCAUCUUGUGCUGUUUCCAUUCAAGAUACAAGAUCUCGAGUGGCUCAUCAAGGCCUUCUCUACUGGAUUUACUGGAAGGUCCCAUUUGCCAGUUAAUUCAAAUAUCAAAGCUAACAAGGAUUUGGUGAUGGUGAUCAAUCCAGCUUUCAUGAGGUAUGUUUAUGAGACGUGGCUGCAAAAGAAGGGCAGUUAUCCAUCCACUGGCUUUAUGGCUUUGAUUCUUGCCCUCCAUAUUUGUGACGAGGUCCAUGUGUUCGGUUAUGGAGCAGACAAAUAUGGAAACUGGAAUCAUUACUGGAAAAAACUCAAAGACACAAAGUUUAAAACUGGAAAACAUCCUGGAAGUCAUGAGUAUGGAAUUAUCGAGGAGCUAGCUAAGCAACAAAAGAUCAAGUUUUUUACAGGGUGUAGAUCUUUCUCUUAGCAUUUAAACUAUUCAUAAACUUGAUAGCAAAUAAUUUAUUAAAAAAAAAAAAAAAAAAAAAAAAAAAAAAAAAUA